GGGUUCCCAUUCAUCAGACUGCUGAUCCUGUGACCUCAACAAGAAAUAUGCCAUCUUCUAGCUCUGUCAUCCUCCCAUUAUUCUGUGCCCUUUUCCUGUUAUCAGCUUCAUGGGCUGCUUCAGAUUCAAUUGAGAAGGAAUUUUACUAUUGUGUCCGUUCGAAUACUCAUAUUUCAAUCCCUAUCUCUGAAGCUUUUUUUAUUCAAAAUAAUUCUGCUUUUACUUCAAUUCUUGAAUCUACUGCUCAGAACCUGAGGUGCAUGGUGCAAUCCAGGCACAAACCUGAGCUCAUUUUCAAACCAUUGGAUGAAUUCCAAGUUCAAGCAGCUGUUAUAUGCGCCAGAAAACUUGGCAUUCAGCUCAGAGUCCGCAGUGGAGGGCAUGAUUAUGAAGGCCUUUCUUACACUUCUAAGACUAAAUCAUCAUUUUUUCUGAUUGAUCUUGCCAAUCUUCGAUCUGUCAAUGUCAGUAUAGCUGGAAACAGCGCAUGGGUUCAGGCAGGUGCAACUCUUGGUGAAGUUUAUUAUUGGAUAGCUCAGAAAAGCAGAACUCAUGGAUUUCCAGCAGGCCUUUGCAGCAGCGUAGGAAUUGGCGGCCAUAUUACAGGGGGAGCAUAUGGUACUCUGAUGAGAAAAUAUGGCCUUGCAGCUGACAAUGUUGUUGAUGCUCGAAUAGUUGAUUCAUCUGGCAGAAUUCUUGAUCGCGAAUCCAUGGGCGAGGAUCUGUUUUGGGCAAUCAGAGGUGGAGGAGGAGGGAGCUUUGGGAUACUUCUUGCUUGGAAACUACGGUUGGUGCCUGUACCUGCAAUUGUGACAGUUUUUACUGUCCGAAGAACUUUGGAACAAGGAGCAACUAAGUUGCUAUACAGAUGGCAACAGGUUGCCGAUCACCUGGAUGAGGAUCUCUUCAUUAGAGUUCUUUCACGGCCAACAAUUUCAACUGAUGAUCAGAAAGGAAAAAGGACUAUAGAAACUGCCUAUCAGGCUUUAUUUCUUGGAAGAGCGGACAGACUGCUAAAAGUAAUGAAGAAAGGUUUUCCUGAAUUGGGAUUAACGCAAAAAGACUGUAUUGAAAUGAGCUGGAUUGAAUCAGUGCUAUAUAUAGCCAAAUACCCAAGAAAUAUACAGCCUAAAUUUUUGCUUCAAGGUAAACCAUUGCUCAACAAGCUUUAUUUCAAAGCUAAGUCAGACUUUGUGAAAGAGCCAAUCAAAGAACAUGCCCUUGAGGGAAUAUGGAAAAUGUUUCUGGAACAAGAUUCACCACUGACGAUUUGGAAUCCUCAUGGUGGAAUGAUGAGUAGAAUUUCAGAAUCUGAAACUCCUUAUCCUCACAGAAAUGGCACAAAAUUCAUGAUUCAGUGGCUAACGACAUGGGAAAGUGGAGACGAUGAGGAAACAAUAAAGGGACACAUUGAUUGGAUUAGAAAGUUGUAUAAAUUCAUGACUCCCUAUGUUCCAAGGUCUCCUAGAGCAGCUUAUGUGAACUAUAGGGAUCUUGAUUUGGGAGUUAACAGGAUUGAUGGUGGCACAAGUUUGGCAGAAGCAAGUUCAUGGGGCACUAAGUACUUCAAAAACAACUGGAAAAGACUAGUUCUUGUGAAGACAAAAGUUGAUCCUGAAAACUUCUUUAGACAUGAACAAAGCAUACCUAUUACUGAUGCCUUCUCUACCUGAAAGAAGAAGGGAAAAGAGGACUGGCACGGUUUCAUCUGAUUACUUAGAACGGUAUUUGAUAAUUUGUUUGCCAAUAUUUGAUAAAUUUUAUGUAUAUCAUGGAUUAUAUUGUCCCUUGUUUUCAUUUUGGUCACGUAAACAUUGCUGUUUUUAUCUUUUUCCUGACUAAUAUAUCCAAAUUCACAAGAGAA